GGCUUUGGCUUCCCCCAUAAGGAAAUGGCCAAGGACCACCAAGGACCCCUGGGGCCGUCGCUACUAAGGAACCCAAGCUAACGAAGCUGGGGGGAAGCCAUGGGGUCUAGCAGUAACUGGUUGUCCGGAGUGAAUGUCGUGCUGGUGAUGGCCUACGGGACCUUGGUAUUUGUGCUGUUGUUCAUUUUUAUGAAGAGGCAGAUCAUGCGUUUUGCUAUGAAGUCUCGCCGGGGCCCUCACGUCCCCGUGGGGCACAACGCUCCCAAGGAUUUGAAGGAAGAGAUUGACAUCAGACUAUCCAAGGUCCAGGAUGUAAAGUAUGAACCCCCGCUUCUUGAAGAGGAUGAUGCCAGACUUUUGCAGCUGGAGACACCAGGAAAUCAACAUUGCUACAACUACCUGUAUAGGAUGAAAGCAUUGGAUGCCAUUCGUGCCUCUGAGAUCCCAUUCCAUUCAGAAGGCCGGCAUCCUCGUUCCCUGAUGGGCAAGAACUUCCGAUCCUAUCUGCUGGAGCUUCGAAACACAAGUACCCCCUUAAAGGGUGUCCGAAAAGCUCUCAUUGAUACCCUGCUAGAAGGCUAUGAGACAGCUAGAUAUGGAACUGGCGUCUUUGGCCAGGCUGAAUAUCUACACUAUCAGGAAGCACUGAGUGAACUGGCUGCCGCUGUCAAAGCCGGUGGUGGGAGUUCCCAGCGGCAGCACCAGUCAGCAGCUAAGGAUCUAACGCAGUCUCCUGAAGUUUCCUCCCCAACAACUAUCCAAGUCACCUAUCUGCCCUCCAGCCAAAAGAGUAAAAGAGCCAAGCACUUCCUAGAGCUGAAGAGUUUUAAGGAUAACUACAACACACUAGAGAGCACUCUCUGACUGCAUUUGGGGAUAGCCAUAGCCAACAUGGCUCCAGUAGGAGAAUCCAGUCUCAGUACCCAGGGACUUCUCCAGGGCAGGAGACACAGCAGCACUAAACAGCAUUGGUAUCAUUAUGUCCUCCCUUAGCUUAUCCCUCUGGUCUGCUGCAGAACUUCAGCUCCUCGAGGCCCUCUUUCCCUCUCCAGGAGCAUUUUUAUGGAGUUGAAUCCACU